CUAUUUGUAGCUUUAUGGAUGGACAGAAAAAUAACUUCCUUAAAGUCGAAGAGGGUAUCGAGUUUGAAUCCUCCGAAUCUGAUGAACUUUCCCCUUUACUAUCCAAGGAAGAGGCAGAGCUGAUUCACAAUAAAGAUUUAUCCGAGGAGAGUUAUGGAACAUUCUCUACGGGCCCCGAAACUCUCACUCUCAGCCAAAGACGGUCCAUACUCACCAGACAACAGACCAGGUUUCAGGAGCUUCGACUGCGAUUUGGGACAAAUGAAAAAAUUUCCUUCAAAUUAACCAAGUUCAUCUCUGAAACCUUACAAAGUGUUAAGGACAGUUCAAGCUAUGUCAGGAUCUGGGGUGGUUCGAUCAAACAAAUUGAGGGUCAAUUUGGAUCUGGGGUUUGCACUUACUUCAAAGUUAUGGUGUGGCUUCUGAAGAUAAACGUCCUGUGCAUGAUUCUAGGUCUCUGUUUGAUAGUGGGUCCAGGGGGGUACAUGGUUCAUCAGCAUCACGACCAUACUCAUGUCGAAGAUACAGUUUACAACAAAGAUGAUCUGGACUGUACCAACCCUAGAUUCGUUAAUGGUACUGGUUGUCAUGUCGAACUUGUUAACUCAGUGCUUCAGCUGCUGACCGGAACUGGGUGGAUGGAGAGUACUGCAAUGUUUUAUGGAUGGUAUCCAACAGAAAACUUAACUAGAAAUGCUAAAGACGAGGAGAAGACUGUGUACCACUUCUCUGUAGCAUAUUUCACAGUCGGAAUCUCUUACUUUUUCAUAUCCCUCCUCUUCAUGCUCUACAAUUUCUCUAAACAAUUCAACAAAUCAGCCGCUGAGCAGUUUGAGACAAAGCCGUACGCUUCCAAAGUCUUGACGUUCGACUACACUAUUCAUGAAACGAAAGCUAGUGAUCGACAGAGAGAAACGAUCGUCCAUUCUCUCAAGGAGAAAGUUGCAGAAGACGCCCAAGAGGCCCUAAAACGGGAUUUCUGGACUAAGGUUGGAAUAUUCUUUCUUAGACUUGCCACCAACACAAUUUGCAUAGCAGGUAUGAUCGGCACUGUUUAUUUGUAUAUUCACCAGAUUUUGACUGAUUCCAGCGAGUCUCGGGCAAAUGCAACUGACCAUUGCGGAAGACUUGUCCAAGAAGAUCCACUGGAGGCUCUUGAUCUCGAAGGCAUUACAAACGCAAACAUUACAGAGCAUCUAGCGGCCUUUUGGAGCACUUACUCUGCCUCCAUCAUAGUUUCUGGAAGUAAUGUUAUACUGCCUAUAUUCUUCCAGUUCGUGGGUACUUUUGAAAUGUAUCGGUUCCAGAGUACUAGGGUAGGCAUCACUCUUUUGAGGAUGUUCAUAAUGAAGCUGUUCAAUAUCUCCAUGUUCCUCUACAUACUCUACAUCGCAGUGGGGCCAAGUGGUGGACGGAAAGAGCCGUGGCAAACCAUGGACAACACCCUUCUCUUCAACUGCUGGGAGGAUUACAUUGCUUCUCAACUUUACCAACUUGUCAUAGUCGACUUCAUCGUUUUCUGCAUUACCCUGCUUAUUGCCGAUAUGAAAAGUCUCUUCGUCAGCAGGAUUUCUUUUUGCAGAGAGAGAUUGGGUAAGCCUGAAUUUGACAUAGCUACCGAAAUCUUGGACCUAGUUCAUAAGCAAAUGAUAUGGUGGUCUGGCUUCUACUUUUCUCCUCUCUUUCCUGUUCUUUCAGUCAUUGAAGUAAUUGCCAUUUUCUAUUUGAAAAAGACCAGUUCUUUGAGAAAUGUGAUUUCUCCGAAAACUGUAGUAUUAAAUCACCAAAGCACCUUCACGAUUAACUGCCUUUUCCUCAUUUCGCUCCUAGUUGUCUUCGUCUUUAUGGGGCUUGUCAUAUUUAACUUUCACCCGAGUGCUACUUGUGGACCGUUUAGAGGUGACACCAAGUUCAGUGACUCUUUUUCAAGAGUCAUCGACCAAUCUGUAGUACAAAAAUACAUUCUCGACAACAUCAAAACCACAUCUGUUUUCGUUAUUUUGAUCAUCUUGAUUGUACUCAUGAUUUAUUACUACCGGUCUCUAGCAACCUCAAGGAAGGUUACUAUCGUCUUACUCGAGAACCAGGUAAGAGAAGAGGUUACUGAAAGAGAGUAUAUCAUGGAGCAUGUUAUAGGUUCUGCAACCAGGGAGCAAGUUUCCGCUGAGUCAUCGAAAAGAAAGCGUAAACGAAGGGUCUCAAAGAUACUGUGAUAAACUCUGUAACCUACUGUGAUGGUGCGUUACCUAUAGUUAUUUUUAUAAACUCUGGUUAAAAUUUAUGGGAUAAGACUGAUGCAGUCAUCAAAAAUUUGAGCAGAAGCUUUUAAACGUUAAGCAGAAAACAUGUAUCAAUUCACUUAUGUUCGGUUAUUCUUACUCUUUUGGAUUUUUCUGUUACAUUUGGGUUAUUUUUGCCAAUCAUUGCUUUAGAAGUGAUUGAUUUUACAGUUGUAGCUUUUCAAAAUUUUCUAACAUACAUGCUAUUAGUCUUCUCAAAAUGCCGCCGAAGUAUGGUUAAAAU